AUGAAUAUAUUUCAGGUUGCUAUAUUUCAGAAGGAGAUGAACAAGAUAAUUAUAGAGACUUAAAUUAUAACGGCUUUUUUCAUUAUCUCUGAGUAAGAAGAACCAAUUGUAAUUAAAAUAAUAGAUUCAUUAGAUUUAAACAAAAAGAUACAAGAAAAGUUAUUUUGUUCCUUAAUUCGAAAACUUGAAUAUUCUAUUAUCAAAACAAAAUUUUACCUCUUGUAAAAUAUUUAAAAAUGGCUUAAUAAUAUCGUUUGUAUGAAUUAAGAGGUAAUAAAAUUUCUCGACAAUUGUUGACUUAAUAACUUAAGAAGAUUAAAUGAAUUUUAGAGAAAGAUUAGAUUUGAUAUUAAACGGUUAUAAAUGAAGAUGGAAUUGUUAUCUUAUUUUGUAUAAGUCAAUUAACACUAAAUAAUUUAACUUAAAUUUAUAAGUAUUAAGUUCCAGAUCAAAAUAAAAUGGCUGUAAAAUAAAUUGUAUAAAUAGAGUAAAAAUGAAUAUAUUGUUGCAUUUUAUCAAUGUUUCAAUUAGAAAUUAUUAUAUUCAAACAAUAGUGAUAUUUAAACAAUAGGGGAUGCUUAGAUGAAGGACUUGAAUGACUAAUUAUAACAGUUCCCUUUUUGA